AUGGCUUCGUCACCGAGAGCUUCGACCAGCUCUAGCUCGACUUCUGAGCGAACUCCUCUCUUACGACAAGAUGCAACCCGUCCCAGAAGCUCGCGCAACGUAACCUUCCACCCUAACCCCGUAACGAGAACCAUCGACCCGGAUCCUUCAUCUUUAAGUUCGUCGCCUAAUACACCAAGCCAUUUCGGCCAUGCACGCCUCGUCGGCUCUACAGCCUCGGGUACCAGCUCCGCUGGCCCACCGCCUAUGCUUUCCGCGCUGAAUAACCGACUGCGCCGACGUAACAGCCACGGCGCCGUCUUCAGUGCUCUUCCGCCAGCAGCCAGCCCUGUGCCAAAAAUUGGACCCCAACGAAGCUCUAAAAAUGCACAGAAGCUUAAGUUGUUACCGAACCCUGAGCUUGACGAAGAGGGACCAGACGAGGAGAGCGGUAGAGACGUCUACUCGCAAUAUACACGCAUAAAAGAUCCUACUGCAAGAAGAGAUGCAGCGCGUUUGGGCAAAGCAGACCGUGAAAAGCUACCACGUGUGACGGCUUACUGUACUGCAACAAGAUAUCAGAUGGAUGGCUUGAUGCGGUUCCUCAAAAGCAAGGCUAAGAGCCGGGGAGCAAAUCCGAAGCUAAUUGACGAGUGCAUAUAUACCCCAUAUAAUUACACGCUUGGGAAAUCCGUAGAGAGAGCUGAGCCGGUCGAGGAAGUACGGCAAACGCCGAUACAGACCUACGAAAGGAGACAUUCUACGGGUGAAGUAGAGGAACACUCAGACGCGUACAAGAGAGAAAGUUUACGAAACCUACAAUCACAACAAGAUGGCGCAUCAGAUACUGAGCAACCAUUCAGUAGUGGCCGGGAUGCACAUAGUAAUCUCGCCUACCCGACACGUUCCGAGGAUGAGAGCGCCAUAAACGAUUCCCAUCACGAUCACCAACAGCAAGAUGUCAACUUCGAUACCCAGGUACACACGCCGGAAGUAUUCCUAUUCGACUACGGUGUCGUAGUGAUAUGGGGAAUGUCACUGGCGCAUGAGCAGCGGUUCCUGAAGGAAAUCUCCAAAUUCGAAAUCGAUAAACUAGACCCGGACAAUGUGGAAACGGAAUGCUUCAACUUCUACUACACUAACGAGUACCAACCACGAAUAUACAACGACUUUAUUACGCUGAGAGACAAAGGGAACUACAUGACGAAGCUAGCAAUAUCGCACGCGUUGGCGCAAAGCGUCAAGACAUCUCUUUUCGAGGAGCUCAUCGCGUCUACAAUUGAUACGUGCAAGGAUAUUCCAACUCAGAUCGCGUUGACUGGCAAGAUUUCGCUUCCGCGAUCGCAAAUCAACAUGCAAAUCGGCGAGCUGUUCAUUUUGCGUAUUAGCAUCCACCUCAACGGCAGCGUGCUCGAUACCCCUGAGCUCUUCUGGGUCGAGCCUCAUCUCGAGCCUGUGUACCAGGCCGUCCGUAGCUACCUCGAGAUGGACCAGCGCGUCGGUCUGCUCACGGAGCGGCUCGACGUCAUCGCUGACCUGCUCGCCGUGCUCAAGGACCAACUAAGCCAUGGCCAUGGCGAGAUGCUUGAAUGGAUCGUCAUCGUCCUCAUCGCCGCCGAGAUCCUAGUCGCAGCUGUCAACAUCGUCGUCGACCUCUACGCGGGCGUAGACUAA